UAGCAUCCUAGAUCCUGUCGCAUGUGAUCAGUAGGCCAGAUAGGCGCGAUCAAAGAGGCAGUGAGGUGAUUUUUUUCUGCUGGUUUGGUCUAUUUGGUACCGUUGUUACAUGUCCGGACAGUAACAGGUUUCUCAUUGAAUCCAAAUGCGCCCAUAAAUCUGCAGCAGUGGUGGACGCGGAGGAAGAAUAUGGUUUACCACUUGAAAAUCAGCUAGCACUCACUGUGCUGCUCACUGUGCUGCACCUGAGACUUGUGCGAUAGAAGUUAUCUGCCAAAGGACUGCGUUCGAGCAAAGAACAUGGAACCUCAAAUUCUGAAACGUGGCCGAUGGAAGGAGGCUUUUCGGAAAUUUCUCCUGUUCGUGUCGCUAUGCUGCUUGUUCUGUGUGAGCUUCAGCAGCGAUCUAACGAGCAGCAUUUCCUAUGCUGAGCUAUUGCUUGACCCGUGCCAAACAGGAGGCCAACAGCAGCAUAAUAACAGUAAAGAUGAAGUAACAGGCACAGCAGCAGCUGUCACGACUCUGACAGUAUUGGAGAUCGAUUCAAUUGCGAACACUACACUUCUUUCUACUACCAAUUCAUCUUCAAUAGUCGCUGAUGAAGGGUGUGGAGGCUUUGGAUCUGGUGCUUCUAAUACUGCAUGGGUGGCCUCCAUCUAUUCCGCAAUACGUGUCGGCACUGCCUGGAUAACUGGCAUCACAUUCGAAGUGCUUGGAGCGCGGAAAUCAGCUAUUCUGGGUGUGCUAUUAUUCUCCGUUGGAAGCUUCGGCAGCUCAUUCGCCAAUGAGUUGUAUAUAUUGUACUUCACGCGCGGCUUGAUAUCCGGAAUCGGAGGAGGUCUACUGUACGCACUACCAACUACAGUCAUUGAUAAAGUCUUCUCCAGUCACAAGCGUGUGCUCAUGGCACUUGCUUUUAGCUCGAGUGGAAUUGGCGCUGUACUUCUUGCGUUGGCAGGUCGGUCAGCUAUUCAGUAUGGUGGCUGGCAGUGGUACUAUCGCGUAUUGGGUUUCACCAGCAUAGCUACAAUGCUCACAGUCUUCAUAUUGCCUGGAAAGCUACCAUCAGAUGGAUACAAACAGACAAGGGCAAGUCAGUCAAGCUCAACCUCAGCCACUGAAUUAUGCAGUUCAGGAAGAAAAGCGACAACGGAGUUGAGAGCUAUAGAAACUGAGCAAUCUGAAGCUGCUAGUGAAUGCGGAACACUGGGACAUUUUGGCGAGAAAAUAAAGUUGUCGUUUAUCCGUGGCCUAUCACUGUACCGCAACUUGAACUUCACAAUCCUGGUCAUCAUCUACUUCACACUCUCCCUGGUUUACUUCUUCCCUAUUGUGACAGCGAAGCAUCGCUCACAGGGCAUUGGCAAUGGAAGUGACGAUAGCUUCCUGCAAGUUAUGCUGGUCGGCGCAGGCUUUUUCGGCGGCGGCCUGUCAGUCGGUCUGAUAGUGGAGUACUUGACCGUGUCACCGAUUCUGACGCAAAGCGUGAUCUUGAUCUUGUGCGGCCUGUGCUGCGGCUUCAGCGCCUUGGUGAAGACGGUGAACGGUUUCCGCUACUUCAACACGUUCUACAGCUUCCUGGUCAGCGGCGUCGGCGCUCUCGGCGGACCCAUUCUGCUGGAAGUCGUCAAAACAGAUGAAGUGCCACAUGCCGUCGGUCAGUUGGUGCUUCUGGCCACUAUUUCAGUAAUAUGUGGCCCACCUGCAGCAGGUUGGCUUUACGAAGUCAGUGGAAGUUACACACUUCCCGCAGCCAUUGGUGGCGGAAUCCUCCUUCUGGCCGGCGUUUUCGAGCUGUUCCUCUUUGCACGCGUGUGGAAGCAGAAGAGCUGGGAGAAGAAACAGCCGAAUGCUCCCCAAGUACCUGCUCCCGUAGUCUUGAAAAGUGUUGUUGUGGCAGACGCCUUAACAAGCCCUGGACAAAUUCACUGCAUGCACUGCACAUCUUUGUGACAUUGCAGUGGCCAUGCAUGCUGGAGUAUUUUAUACAAGGAUAUUUAUUUGAUGAUUUCGCAUUAUCAUUGCUGUAGCCGAACUACUUUUCCACAUUAUCAGCAUUAACCAGUUUUCGUGGAGACGGAAAUGAAAUAUGCGAUUGGCCUGUGUAUUGAAUGUGUAACUUCCUUUAUUUAUUGCGCUGAUUAUCGGCAUUAACAAUGCGUUUAUGCCGCUAGUGUAAUCAGAGCCACCCAGAACCAAUACAUCUAUCCUGUAUGUUGGCAACCAGGGUGAGUCAUAUCCACUGAUGAUGACACCGAAGCCUUCACACCCUCAGGCACUCCGCCGUGACUCCGGCUACUGACAUAACUGAAGCAUCCACAACACGAGGCUGAAAAUUCUACAAUACUACCGGUAUGCAACAGGAAUAUCAAAUUCACAAGCAAACGCUGAACUUUUGGAAGAUGUCUUAUAGUGGCUGCUAAAAUACGAUUCCAAAUCGACAAGAAGCGCUAUGUAUGGUCCUUCAAUAGCAGGUGUCCUCGUUGGGCAUCUGCCUUUGUUUCUCGGAUGCCAUUUUAUGCUCCUUCUCAGAAAGGACCUGAUUGUGCCAAAAAGUAUGCCUUCAAUUAUGCCGUCAAUGGCAGUUUUGUGUAACAGCCUCAUUGGGCAUCUGCCGUUGUUUUUCGGAUGCCAUUUUAUGCUCCCUAUAUAAAAGGACC